AAUCUAAUGUCAGUGAUCUAACAUUUGACGUAAAACUGUCUGGAGAUUUGUCAUUGUUCUAUUUAUUAAUUGAUUCAUAUUCAGGUUAGGAUAGAACUAAUAUUUCAUAGAAUAUUGCGCUUUUGGUUUAUGUUUUUUAGCUUGUACUAUUGUGUUUACCUCCAGCUGCUGCUGAGUGCUGCCUAACAUUGUCAGUUGCUCGAUUGUUUUGUUUGAAAUGACCUGUGUGUUCUUUCAACUAAAAGAGUACUAAAUAAUAUUCAAAAUAUCUUCCCACGCAGAAACAUUUGGCGUGGCCGCCAUGACGGCAGCGACGGCCGAGAGCCAGGUGCGCUUCAGCGGCCACACGCUCGACAAAGCCACCAAAGCCAAAGUCACGCUCGAGAACUACUACAGCAACCUCAUCGCCCAGCACCUCGAGAGGAAACAGAGACACGACAAGCUGGAGGAGAGCAUGAAGGAAGAAGGUCUGAGUGAGGACCAGAAGUGCGAGAAGCGCCAGCAGCACGCACAGAAGGAGACAGAGUUCCUGCGACUGAAGCGAUCACGUCUCGGUGUAGAGGACUUCGAGGCGCUCAAAGUCAUCGGAAGAGGAGCUUUUGGCGAGGUGCGACUGGUGCAGAAGAAGGACACAGGUCACGUGUAUGCCAUGAAGAUCCUACGUAAAGCAGACAUGUUGGAGCGCGAGCAGGUGGCCCACGUGCGCGCUGAGAGAGACAUUCUGGUCGAGGCUGACCACCAGUGGGUCGUGAAAAUGUUCUACAGCUUCCAAGACCCUAUUAAUUUAUACCUCGUCAUGGAGUUCUUGCCUGGAGGCGACAUGAUGACGCUGCUGAUGAAGAAGGACACGCUCUCUGAAGACUGCACGCAGUUCUACAUUGGCGAGACCGCCCUGGCCAUCGACUCUAUACAUAAGCUUGGUUUUAUACAUAGAGACAUUAAGCCGGAUAAUUUAUUACUGGACGCCAGAGGACACAUCAAACUCUCCGACUUCGGCCUCUGCACGGGCCUCAAGAAGUCCCACAGAACAGAAUUUUAUAAAGAUCUCAGCCAGGCCAAAGCCUCGGACUUUACAACUUAUUCGAACGUACCUGCAACAAACCCAAUGGAUUCAAAGCGACGAGCCGAGAGCUGGAAGAAGAACCGCCGCGCUCUGGCCUACUCGACCGUCGGCACGCCGGACUACAUCGCCCCGGAGGUCUUCAUGCAGACGGGAUACUCGGCAUGCUGCGACUGGUGGAGUCUGGGCGUCAUCAUGUAUGAGAUGCUCAUAGGAUACCCGCCGUUCUGCAGCGAGAACCCCCAGGAGACGUACCGCAAGGUCAUGAGCUGGCAGAAGACGCUCGUGUUCCCCGCCGAGGUGCCCAUCAGCGAGCAGGCGCGCGACACCAUCGUGCGCUUCUGCUGCGAGGCCGAGCACAGGGCGGGCUCCCAGCACGGCCUUGAUGACAUCAAGAACAUGCCUUUCUUUAAGGACGUAGACUGGGCACACAUCAGAGAGCGUCCCGCGGCCAUCCCCGUACAAGUGAAGUCAAUCGACGACACGAGCAACUUUGACGACUUCCCUGACGUGGACCUGAAACUCCCAGCGUCGCCGCCCGUCAAGGAGGGAGAGGCGGGCUACAAGGAUUGGGUCUUUAUUAACUAUACCUACAAGAGGUUCGAGGGACUCACACAACGAGGUCUCGUCAGACCUAGUGGCGCUGCUGCUCACCAACUUGUCUGAAUGGAUUAUGUCGUAAUCUUAAUUUGAUUGACAAGAAUAAUUUGAUUCCUAAUAGAUCUUAAAAGUCUGAACUGUUAUUCCUUCUUAUCGUUUCACCAUCAAACUAGAGUAGCUUCCAACAGAAUCUUCAUCGCCAUUUGAACAUAUUUUUUAACUUGCAGGUCACUGUGGCCUGCUGUUGAUUUACUUAUUCAUUACAAUUUUUCAUAGUUUCGAAUAUAAAGUUGACGUUAAUCGUCAUUUGGAAUUCUGUCGUUAUUGUUAAAUAUCGCGCCUAAUUUUGUGUGAGAAGUGACAGAAAAUUAUUCGCGUAUUGCGCCAUAGUUUAUUUUGUCUUGUCGAAUAGCUUGACUGUAGCUAUGGGAACAAUUAGUAUUCACGUUAAAAAAUGGAGUACGUCAUUCUAAGAGAUUAUACGAUGGCUAACUGUAGCGAAUGUAUUAGCUCGAUGGGAACGGUUGCACUAGCUGCCGUGCGUGGUUCCUACUUCACUAAAUUUGUACUAGAAAUUACUCUAAUAUUGCGUAUUUUUCAGUUGCGGCUUCAUUUAAUAUCUUUGUCCUUAAAAGGAAUUUGUUUGAUUGAAAUGAAAAUUUACUGCAAUAAUAUUUUGCAAUGUCAUGCGUUGGCCUUUAGUUGGUAGUGAAUAAAGUAAAUGGGCAGCUGAUGGU